GUGACUGUUACGGAUCGUAUUCGAAACGCACGCGAACCGCAUGGAAACGCACGAAGAAUUUAAAAUAUUGUGCUUUAUGACGUAUACCUUGUCGUAAUCGACGAACCGUACUGAAAUGCAAUCGAUAAUUGAAAAACACGAACGACUCCGUCGCCGCAAUACUUUAUUGACAAACGUAAACACAUAUAGGUACGCCAAAAAUUAUUUUUCCCCGUGGAGGUUUUUCUUAAAGCGUGUACAAUGUCAUAACGUUGUGUGUGUUUUCGUAGUCUUACAAAUGGAAUCGAACACAAAAAUGGAUAGUGGAGGAAAACAGUAUUUAUCUCGUUUUUGGAGGAAAAUGGUUACGGCCUUUCACGAAAUCCGGCAAGUCGCUACUGGGCGUAUGUUCUCUCAACCGCGGGCCGCAACGGUCGCAAAGAAAACGGUUACCCGCAGCUACAUACGAACGGAUGUUCGCGUUGCUUACCGAAACAACGGCUGAGAUGGUUUUUUGGAGAGGCGAUGUAGUGAUUUUCCCUCACCCUUGGGAUUUUUUUUUUAUCAUAGAUGUAUCUAAUAUUUUUGAUACAGGUGUAAAGUCAUACAGAUAUAAUAGCAUUAUAAGUAAUAAUAUUCCUAUUCGCCUCACCCGUCGCCUCUGAAUAACGGUGCAACGGUCAGAAACGUCCGUACAAACGUCCAAACGUCAAGUGUAAACGUGACCACGCGUUUGGUUUUACGUUCGCGGAAGCAUAACGACAUGCGAGCUUGACACAACGCAUCGGUUUGACCUUUAAUAAAGUCAAACUGACGUUUGUAACACGCACAAGAUUGUGCGGUGCGCGCAUGCGUUGUACACAUUUCGUUUGAUAACACUUGUCGUUAUCUAUACCGUGGAAUAACGUGAUAGAACAUUGUAUCGUUAUGUUAUGUUGUGUUGCCGUUUUUUUAAUUCGAGUCCUAGUAACUGCACUACGCACCGUUAUUAUGUAAACGCGUACGCGUGCCGCAGUAACGAAAUUUUAAAUGUUGUCACAUUUUUUUUCCGAUCAAAUAUUUUACCGAGUCCGACUUCCGAUACUGUAAUAUUUGUCCGUACAACGCAGACAUUCGAGGUACAUAGCACACAUAUGUUGUCUAUAUUUUAUGCGUGGGGUAGGUUUUGUAACUCGUAAAACGGUUAAUAAUAUUAAAUUCUACGUCGAGACUGGAUGACGAGGAAAAAACGAUUCGUUUCCGAUGUGUGCGUGUUCAUAAAAAACGUGUACGGACCGUGUAGGAGUACCGUGCCUAUCAUAAGUAGCUCCCGGUUACAAAAAUAAAUUUUAGCGCCCUGACCCCUCUACAAAAUAUUUUUGAACCAUAUAAUUAUAGUUAAGCUUAAACUAUAAGGAGACUACUUAAGAAUAGAGAUUUUUAUAUAACUACUUAUUUUGUAUUUAUUAAAUUAAUAAAACAAAUAAUCAACGACUAAAGAACAAUAUAAGUAAUAUAACUCAAACUGAUAAUUUGACGCCAUGUUUUCUCACCCUGGUCCACUUGAUUGAACAAGUUACCCUGAAAUUUCGCCUCUAGAUUUAAAUCUAUAGUUCUCGUUAUACCAGAUAAAUUAUGAUUCAACGAUCUUACUCUAUCCAAAUCCCUAAUAAUCAAAUUUAACCGAUUGCGCAUAAGCCAUCAUCUAUUACCUUCUUGUUUGUAAUUUAAAUCUUAAUGAUUCACUUCCAGUGGUGAAAUUAUCGGGAGUGUUGGGUGUAAAAUUCACAGAGACCCCAGUUUUGGAGGGCUCUGAGAUAUCUUCUGAUAUUAUCUUUUUCUUCCCUUACAAUAUUCCUAUUAUAAUCUAUAAUAUACACAUAUUAUAUUA